AUGUCUGUGCGUAUGAAUUCAGCCAUACCAGCGGGCGUGCUGCUUGGUGCUCUCAGUGCACAAGUAUGGCUCGCACCUCUCACAAAAGUAGAAGAAAGUUUUUCGCUGCAGGCUGUACAUGAUAUUUUGACAUAUGGUGUGUACCCCUCCGGUAGGGACCACUAUGAUCAUUUGACCUUUCCCGGUGCUGUUCCUCGAUCUUUCGUAGGGCCGCUUAUCUUGAGCAUUUUUUCAGCACCAUUUUCUUGGAUCUGUGGUUUGUUGGGAGGAACAUCCGCUCAUGUCCAAGUGUGUGUGAGAAUGGUGCUGGCUGUCGCUACAUGGACCUCUUUUGUAUUCCUAGCACAUUGCUUAUUUCCAAAGACGUCUAGACUUCGAGGAUUCUUCUAUAUUGUAUGCUCUGUGCAGUUUCAUUUGCUGUUCUGGUCAAGUCGUACGACGCCGAACGGACUCGUGUUCCCAUUUGUGACAGCGUCGCUUGGUGCAAUUAUUCACGGCCGCCAUGCGUAUGUGGGACUGGUGGCACUGGCUUCUUUGGCAAUCAUCCUACGCCUCGAACUUGUUUGCCUGGCCAUUCCAAGUUAUCUCUGGGUAUGGCUCCAUCAAAGGCGUCGUUUUUUUGUCUUGUUUCUCCUCGGAAUGGUGUCGUGCCUAUGUAGCGUGGCCGUCAGUAUGAUGUUGGAUUCUUACUUUUGGAAGCAACGCAUGCUGUGGCCAGAAGGCUACGCACUUUUCUUCAAUGUCAUUCAAGGACACAGUGCGGACUGGGGCACGUCUCCCCCAUGGGCGUACUUGGUCCAGGACUUGCCUCGGGUUUUAGGAGGAGCAUUACCACUAGCCCUUGUCGGAUGCGCACGCCGGCGUGCAUCAACCCGAACCUCGCUUUUGGUUCAUAUUGUCGUGCAUGUUGGUUUGAUGAGUGCUCUGGCGCACAAGGAAUGGCGCUUUGUCAUGUAUGUCGUGCCCUUGUGCAAUGCACUUGCAGCACUAGGUCUUGAGGCAUUGUGGAAGAAGCGAAUUGGCAUCUUCCUAUCAAUAGCUCUUCUAUGCAUGAGUGCUGCAUUCUGUGCCUUGGCCACAUGGAUUAGCAUGUCGAAUUAUCCUGGUGGCGAGGCAUUGGUGUAA